UCCUACUUUUCUCCCGUCCAACAUGGCGGACCUAAUGACUACACUUUGAAAAAAGUUUUAUCAAGUCCCUACCAAUAACCCACUCUUGAGGGAACAAAAUCUAAUAACUAAUCCUCUAAGAAAAAGAAAGACGGAUUAUAUGGCAUAGUUUCUACGUACAUUUGUGUUUAUGGCAUGUUCUCUUCGAAGAUUCUCCCGUAUCUUUCCGGUCUAAUGGUUUCUAGGGAGGCCAAUCAAAAGUUCUACUAAGUUAAUUACGUAAUUCUUCAAGACCCACAGGUUAUUAAUAGUCCUUGUACUUAACAUAUAAGCUUGAAGUGUUUAAAACAUUGUGUUUUUAUAAUCUGAAGUGUUGAAGAAAACAAGAAACAAAUCAAACAGACCCCUAACGACGCAGGUUGAUUCGACGAUAUUUUAUGGCACGCCGUUUGUAAACAUUUUGAAAAGUCACCAGUAUGGCAAAACCACUACACCAUGCUCAUGUAACGAUGGUAUUGGAGAAAAAGACAGCGGAAUCCACUCGACUAAAGGAAGACAAAUUACGAGAGAGAAACUGGAAGCGUUGGGGACCAUAUCUAUCCGAGAGGCAGUGGGGUACUGUUCGCGAAGAUUACUCUCCGGACGGCUCAUGUUGGGACUAUUUCUCUCAUGAUCAAGCCAGAUCCCGUGCAUAUCGUUGGGGAGAGGAUGGUUUAUUAGGAAUGACUGACCGCCAAUGCCGCCUGUGCUUUGGUCUUGCUCUAUGGAAUGGAAAAGAUCCCAUUUUAAAGGAGAGACUGUUUGGGCUCACUGGGAGUGAAGGUAACCAUGGAGAAGAUGUCAAGGAGUGUUACUACUAUCUAGACUCUACCCCUACCCACUCGUACAUGAAGGCGCUGUACAAGUACCCUCAGGAGGAGUUCCCAUACAGCAGGUUGAUUGAUGAGAACAGAAGACGAUCUAGAGAUGAACCUGAAUUUGAGCUCAUUGAUUCAGGUGUGUUUGAUGAUAGCCGAUAUUGGGAUGUAACAGCUGAAUAUGCAAAAAAUACCCCUAACAACAUACUCAUCAACAUCACUAUCAAGAACUGUGGCCCAAUGACUGCAAGUCUUCAUGUCCUGCCGACUCUAUGGUACCGUAACACAUGGAUAUGGGGGUGCAAGCAUGAGGGGUGUACUGUCAAGGCCAGGAUGAUGCAGACAGACCCUGGGUCUGUGGAGUGCUGGCAUGAGUCACUGGGGAAGUAUGUGUUUGUUGUUGACACAGAUCAGGAUGGUGGGCAACCAGAAAUGCUCUUCACAGAGAAUGAGACAAAUAGCAAUCUUCUAUACAACUACCCCAACUAUACGAACUACACGAAAGACGCCUUUCAUAGAUACAUAAUAAACAAAGAACAAGAGGCUGUUAAUCCAAAAAAGCGUGGGACAAAAGUAGCGGCUCAUUACGUCAUCCAGGUUCCUUCUGGUAAUAGCCAUACACUAAAGUGUCGACUGAUGUCCCUGGAUGAGAGGGUGGACCACCCCUUUGCCGAGAGGAGCUUUGGGGCAUUGCUUGAGCAGAGACGAAGGGAAGCAGAUGAAUUUUAUCAUGUAGCUAUACCUGCAUCUUUGACUUCGGAGCAGAAACUUGUCGCUCGCCAGUCCUACGCGGGCUUGCUGUGGAGUAAGCAGUUUUAUCACUACAUCAUCCAUGAUUGGCUGGAAGGAGACCCAGAACAGCCCAGGCCCCCCGCAACCCGCCUUCAAGGCAGGAACUCUAAUCCUGAAUGGCGGCAGCUUUUCAACAAGGAUGUGUUGUCCAUGCCUGAUAAAUGGGAAUACCCGUGGUAUGCGACUUGGGAUUUAGCAUUCCAUAUGCUUCCCAUGGCUAAAGUCGACCCAGAGUUCGCCAAGGACCAGCUAAUGUUGUUCUUGCGCGAGUGGUAUAUGGCGCCCAACGGGCAGAUGCCGGCGUACGAGUUCGCUCUGAGCGAUGUGAACCCCCCUGUCCAUGCUCUUGCCGUCCACAUGGUCUAUAAGACGACCGGGAGAAAGGGGCACAGGGAUAACGAGUUUCUUGCGCGCUGCUUCCAGAAGCUGCUCAUUAAUUUCACUUGGUGGGUGAACAGGAAGGACCCGUCGGGUAAUAACAUCUUCGGUGGAGGAUUCUUGGGCCUUGAUAAUAUAGGUAUUUUUGAUCGGUCAAAGGAUCUUCCUGUGCAGGGUUGUCUUAUGCAGGCCGAUGGCACAGCUUGGAUGGCGUUUUACUGUGUAGUGAUGCUUGGAAUCGCACUAGACCUUGCUGUUUACGACUCGUCCUACGAGGACAUGGCCUCAAAAUUCUUCGAGCAUUUUACGCAGAUUUCGGACGCCAUAAACAGCAUGAGAGACGGCUCCGGCUUGUGGGACGAGCAAGAUGGCUUCUACUACGAUCACCUCAUGUCACUUGACGGAAGCAAGCCACUGCGCGUGCGCUCAAUGGUGGGACUUGUACCGCUGUUCGCUUGCCUUGUUCUUGAGGAUGAGUUUGUGCAGAAAUUGCCUGGGUUUAAGAAGAGGCUGGAUUGGUUCCUGGAGAAUAGGAAGGACUUAGCGUCUCAGAUCUCGUACAUGGAUGUGUCAGCUGGCACGUACCAUCACCUCCUCGCCAUACCAACACAGAACCAACUCCGCCGCGUCCUGUCCCGAGUACUGAACGAGUCCGAGUUCCUGUCCCCUUACGGUGUACGGUCCCUUUCGCUGUACCACAAGGAUCACCCGUACGAGCUGGAGGCAAAUGGUGACACAUACUGCGUGCAGUACGUUCCUGGCGAGUCCAACACGUUCAUGUUCGGCGGUAACAGCAAUUGGCGAGGCCCCAUCUGGAUCUGCAUGAACCAGCUGAUAAUUGAGUGCUUGGAACGCUAUGAUUACUUCUAUGGCGACACCUUCAAGAUUGAAUGCCCGACAGGAUCAGGGAACCUUAUGCGCCUGCGCGAUGUAUCCCAUGAGCUAUCGCGCCGUCUGACGUCACUCUUUCUACCAGACGAGAAAGGCAGACGACCUUGCCAUGGCAACGAAAUGCAGUAUGCUAAUGACCCAAAUUGGAACCAGUUAGUCCUGUUUUACGAAUACUUUCACCCUGAAACUGGUAGAGGGUGCGGCGCUAGCCAUCAAACUGGAUGGACGGCGCUGGUGACGCGUAUGCUGGACAAGUUAGCCACGGAGGGCAAUUGAUCCUCGAUGGAUACGCUGAAAUGAAUUCGACUCUGUUUAUAGGACAUGUAUAGAGUACCUUUACUAACUGUACUAAGCGGCUAACAUCAGGACCGUGCUAAGUGAGCGCUUAAAGGAGGGCUCUAAAGAAAAGUAGUACAGCUAAAAAUACGGUAUACCUUGCGAUAAAGCCACUAUGAAAUGUGUUCGUCACAUUGGUCAUUUGUAUUCUUGCCUUAAGUCAAAUAUCGAUCGCUCGAUCGACCCCUGUUCAGGGCUCACCCACUGUAAAAUGCUUUCACGUGACCAGCAGAAAUGAGUUACGCAUGGGUUACGCAAAUAAAAAAAAUUGUAUUGUA